CCCUGUUAAAUCCAAUUUACGGCCAAAUGGGAUGCGCACUCCGGAGCAGAAGGUGGCAGUAUUGCACCAAGACAAUGGAUGCCAACUGACGUAAAACAAAAAGAAGGAGAACAACACGUCCACUGUUUGUUUGGUGUUAUUCUCAACCAACAAGAGAUGUGGAAGUAAUCUCAACAUGUCAGCCUCCAUAGCACGAGCGACAGUAAGGGCGGUUAGCAAACGGACUAUUUUGCCAACAAGAGCCGCUUUAACGCUGACGCCUUCAGCUGUGAGUAAAGUCAAACAACUUUUACAGGAUAAGCCAGAAUAUAUGGGCCUCAAGGUCGGUGUUCGAACCAGAGGAUGCAAUGGCCUCACCUACACUCUUGACUACACCAAAGAGAAAGACAAAUCAGAUGAGGAGGUAUUGCAAGAUGGUGUAAGAGUUUUUAUUGAGAAGAAGGCACAGUUGACAUUGCUGGGCACAGAGAUGGACUUUGUUGAAACUAAACUUUCCAGCGAGUUUGUCUUCAACAAUCCCAACAUUAAAGGAACAUGUGGUUGUGGUGAAAGCUUUAACAUAUGAACCUCUGCCCUGAAAUAAGAGAUCUACACUAGCAGAAUAAGGAUCUAAUUUCAGAGAUCCUGUGAAUUUGUGGGUAAAGCACAGAGAUUUAAAGAAAGUGGUUAAUGUUUUGUGGAGCAUUUUGGCAUUACCUCCAGCUAAAUCAGCAUGGCUUAGAUAUUCUAUAUCUAAAACAAUAAAUAUUCUCUGUGAAUGUUUCUGAAUAAAACCGAAUUCUUAACUUACUCACUUUUGUGUCAUUUCAAAACCUGUAUGACUUUCUCUCCUCUUUUAAACACAAAAGAGGAUAUUUUGAGAAACGUCUCAGUGGCUAAGACCUACAGUGUCCAUACAGGGAAAACAAUGAAGGACAAUAUUGUUUGGUUACAUUUUCGAAGUAUCUUUAGUGUUCCACAGAAGAAAGGUCGUACAAGUUUGGAAUGACAUGAGGGUGAGUAAAUGAAAAGAAACUGGGGUGGUCUGUCCCUUUAACAGUCAACAUUUUAAGAUGUUAUUCACUAGAAGUGUCCCCUGAAAUACAAAUAUUUUUUUCCAAAUAAACUGGUAUGUCAUGUUUGCUUAUGGCACAUAGGAGUUGACAUUCAUAUGUGGUAAACCAGAUAAUGAGGCUUUUCCUGGAUGGCUGCUGAAAGUAGUAUUAUAUGUGUGUCCGUAUAACGCAAAGCUUCAUUUGCGCACCUUUAAUGAAUUGUGAAACAGUGUUGUUUAGUAAUAAUCUAAGUAAAAUGUAGAUUAAAACGUAAGAAAGAUUUAAAUUUCCUAUCAGAUAGUAAGUUAUAAUCUGCUCUCUAACAUGUAAGUUGAUGUUGUGUUGUAUGACUGUGUACAUAAUGCAAAUCAUUUUAACUCUUUUCUCUUAACAAACAAAUAAACUUCAAGCAUAAAUGUCUAGAGUUCUUAAUUAAAGGUCAAUAUCCAUUCACUGUUAGCCCAUUUAUUUUUAUUUUGUAUUAGCAAAAUGCAGAAAGCUGCCAACUAAAAUCUUUAUUCAGUAUCAAAGGAACAAUACUUGAUCAUUAAAUACAUUAAAUGUUAAUAGACUGAGAAAAUAUCUAACAAUACAAAUUGAUCUUUUUGUAUGGAUCUAUUUACCUAUGGUAAACAGUACUAUAAAUUAUAGAUUAGAAAUAACCGUGGACAGACGACAUUCUGUGUAA